GCUGACUCCAGGGGAAGCAAUGGAGUCUGUGACAGGACUGGGCGCCUCUACCUGUAUCACUACAACGAGGAGCAGCCUUACAUCCCGCUGACCGAAAUCCAGAGGAUUGACACUGCAGCCAUCCUGGACAUCAAAUGGUGCCACGUUCCCAUUGCAGAACAUCCCAUGGCUGGCAUUGCAAACUCAACGGGUGCUGUGGAGUUUUUCCACCUGACGGGAAGUGAGAAGAACAGCUGCAUGUUGGAGCCAUGCUUCAGGGUUGAUCUUGGUGCACAGCGUCUGGCCUUGUCUUUAGACUGGUCCACAGGACGAGAGCAGUGUGGGUGUCCUUUGAGAGUGAUCAGCAGUGACUCAGAGGGGAAGCUGAAUCUUUUCUCCAUAGAUGAAUCUGCUCCUUCUGUGCAUGUCCUGAACCAGUGGGAAGCUCACAAAUUUGAGGCCUGGAUUGCUGCUUUUAAUUACUGGGACACCGAUAUCGUGUAUUCAGGAGGAGAUGACAGCCUGCUAAAGGGCUGGGACACCAGGUGCAGUCCAGAGACUCCGGUCUUCACCAGCCGGAGACACUCGAUGGGUGUGUGCAGCAUUCAGUGCAGUCCCCACCGGCAGAACCUUCUGGCUACUGGCAGCUAUGAUGAGCACGUGCUGCUGUGGGACACCAGGAACAUGAAGCAGCCGCUAGCAGACACCCACGUUGAAGGUGGAGUGUGGAGGUUGAAGUGGCACCCAACCUGUGACUUUGUGCUGCUCGCAGCCUGCAUGCAGAGCGGAUUCAAAAUCCUCGACUGCCGCGGAAGCAUGGCGGAAAACAUGGAGGAAUGUGUCAUCCUGUCCUCGUACGUCUUGCACAAUUCCUUGGCCUACGGGGCUGACUGGUCAAGGCUGUGUCCGAGGGAUUCCUUGACUGUGCAGGACUCUGCUGCUGCGUGCCAGUCUUUGGAGGAGCUCAUGGGAAGAUCAGAGGAAGGAGACGAGGGACUGAAUUUGCAGGUCCAAAACCUGAAGAUAAUUUACGAGUCUCCUACAGCUACUUUUGAUGUAAUAUUGGAUGAGAGCGAAGGCCCUGCCUUGCCGCUCAAAGCACAGGGGGGCUCUAAGCUGUCUGGGGAGCCUGACCUGGUCAGGGGCCCUGAUUUGAAGGGCAGUUCAGGUUUGGCUGGGGGUCCUGACCUAGGAGGAGAUCCCAUGUCAGCCAGCAGUUCUGACUCGGGAGCCAAGAGACCCAACGGAAUGGGCCUCAUCAGAAGAGGGGAUUCAGCCAGGUCUCUGGACAGCCCGAAAGAAACAAGCAUUGUAGCAACUUGUUCUUUCUAUGAUAAUAUCCUCCAUGUCUGGAAGUGGGAGAUGAGCCUGGUGAGCCCUUCCGAGGCACCGAGGUCCGGAUCUCCCUCGGAAAGAACAGUUGCAACUUUGCAUUGA